AGGUCCAAACUUGUCAGAUCCGUCGUUGAUCCGAUCGUUCCGUUCGUUUCUCAAUUUGACAUGGACCACGAUUUUUGCUCGUUUUACCACUAGAAACUAUUAUCGGUGAGAGCAAAGCGGACACUGUGAACGAAAGUUCGGUAACGGUUUCUUGUUCAGGAUGCUGUGAGAUUGCAUUGGAGACCUAGCGAUCCGGUGCGUAUGCGGGUAGUUUGCUAAAUAUCGACUUAAGUUUGCUUUCUCAAAAUUAGGGCAACUUUUGUAUGUAAUUUGUGAUUGUGUUUUGAAUGAGAAGUGAGCUUAUUCUAUUUUCAUCGUCUUUAUUAGGACUGGCUAGAAGAGGAGCGGCGGGCUUGCAGUUAAAGGGGAUAUGCACACCGUCAGAUUGACUAUAAUCAUUUUUGGGAUUACCAGCAGUAUCAAGAUUUUCAAAAAUUUGUGGGAAAACAUCGAGUUCCAAGAUAACGUGUACCACUGCACCGUGAAAGAGCGAACAAUGGAAAUGCGGAGAACGGAGUCCAAGUAGCAGGCUGAAGGUACAGGAAAGGUUAGAGAGUCGGUGUGAUAGAGAAAGGGUGGAGUGAAGCGAUAAGGUAGCGCAAGAGGAAGAGAAGAUAACAAUUUUCAUAGCGGGUACGGCAAAAAUGCUGACCGCAAGUCAGUCGGAAAGAUGGCGAAUUGUUUGGCUGUUGUUGUCGGUUCUCGGCGGAACAGCAUUAGCCCAGUCUGUGCAACAAUGUCCACUUCAAAAAGAAAUCCUACCCUGUUCUUGCAGUGUCAAGAAAUCCGGCCUCGACAUUAUCUGCGAAUUCGCCGACUUUUCACAUAUAAGCAAAGCAAUGGAUGUUCUGAAGAAGAGGCAAAAUACCAUAAUCGUCUACCUUAAACUCCGACACAACAACUUACCCAAACUUCCAGGUUUCGUCUUUCUCGGGCUCGACAUUAUUCAUUUAACCAUUCACAACAGUAGUCUUGCUGUUGUGGAAGAAACUUCUCUCACGUCCAUCGGUAAGGCCCUCACGCAAUUGGAUAUAUCACAAAACUCGUUAAUUGCUGUCCCUUCUUCAGCAUUGAAAACACUUCACCACUUGCUAAUCCUGAAUAUAAAUCACAACAGAAUUAAUGCAAUUCAUGCAGGAGCCUUUGAAGGUUUGGAUACACUCGAAAUACUGACCCUAUAUGAAAACAGGAUUGCAGUCAUUGAUGCCAAUGCUUUCAAAGGAAUCGACAAACGAAAAUUGAAAAGAUUGAACUUGGGUGGAAACGAGCUGACCAGAAUCCCAACUGAAGCCCUUUCUAUACUAGAGAACCUAAAAAAACUGGAAUUACAGGAGAAUAAAAUAACAUCAAUCAAGGAAGGGGAUUUUGAAGGUUUAAAGAGUCUGGACUCGUUAGGAUUGGCUCACAAUCAACUUCGUGAAGUGCCGGGGCUCGUAUUUCGCCACUUAACGCAAUUGAACUCUUUAGAGCUAGACGGUAAUCAGAUAACUCACAUCGAUGCUAAUGCAUUUAUGGGUCUAGAGGAGAACUUGCAGUACUUGCGGCUUGGUGAUAACAAUCUUCAUUCGGUUCCAAGUGACGCUCUACGGCGUCUUCAUCGACUUAGGCAUCUUGACUUGAGGGCGAACAACAUUACUGUACUUCUAGAAGAUGUAUUCACUGGUUACAGCGACUCCAUUACCUUCCUCAAUCUACAAAAAAAUUUAAUUAAAGUGCUGCCGGCGAUGGUGUUUGAUAACUUGAAUUCCCUGGAGACACUAAGUCUACAAAAUAAUAAACUAACACACAUACCGGACGACAUAACGGAACCCAUCCUUGAUACAUUAAAAGCUAUUGAUAUAACAGACAACCCCUUACUAUGUGAAUGCAACUUAAGCUGGUACGCUGCAUGGUUGAAAAUAUUACGCAACAUGGACGAUGAAGUUAUGUCCAAAAGAAAACCCAUCUGUACAAUGGCGUCUGAACAUCGAGAGUAUGCUGUGCAAGAUAUUCCUUUGAAAAGAAUGGGAUGUGUAGGAAAAAAUGCAGAACGAGCAACGUCCACGGCUACGGGUACCAAUGUAACAAAUAUGAUGAAAUUAUUGACGCUAUUCACUGAAGCGAUAGUUUUAUUUUAUUGUUGAGAAAUACUGUUUUAUAAAAUAUCCUGAUUAGAAUUUGGCAUAAAAUGCAUAAAAAUUCAGUCGAGUCUCGACUGGUAUACUACGUAUUCAGGAAAUAUUUUCCUUAGUUUAUGACUUUUAUUACAUUUAAACUGAUUCCCCGACACACACAUAAUUUAUUUAUGUGCUUGUUGCACGAAUUGCUUCUUAGUAAAGAAUGCAAGUUUUGCUUCAAUCAGUUUAUUCAUUCGCACCAAAAA